AUGAUUUCUGCUACUAAACUCAAAUCCGUCGAUUUUUACAGAAAAAUCCCAAGAGAUUUGACUGAGGCGUCGUUAUCGGGAGCGGGAUUAUCCAUAAUAGCCGCUCUUGCUAUGAUGUUUUUGUUUGGAAUGGAACUAAGUAAUUAUUUGGCUGUUAGCACCUCCACAGCUGUGAUCGUUGACAAGAGUUCGGAUGGUGACUAUUUACGUAUCGAUUUCAAUAUCAGUUUUCCUGCACUUUCAUGCGAGUUUGCAUCAGUUGAUGUGAGUGAUGUGCUGGGAACAAACAGGCUCAAUAUAACAAAAACGGUUCGCAAGUUUUCCAUUGAUUCAAAUUUAAGACCCACUGGUGCUGAGUUUCAUUCAGGUACAGUUUCAAAUGCUGUGAAGCAUGAUGAUGAAGUAGAUGAAGAAUCUGUUGAAGGUUCUUUUUCACUUGCAACACAUAAUUUUGAUAAAUAUGUUCAUCAGUUUCCAAUUACAGUUGUAAAUUUUUAUGCACCAUGGUGUUCCUGGUGUCAACGUUUGAAACCUUCAUGGGAGAAGGCAGCUAAAAUUUUGAAAGAGAGAUAUGAUCCAGAAAUAGAUGGGCGUAUUAUUUUGGCAAAGGUAGAUUGCACUCAAGAAGGAGAUUUAUGCAGGAGGAAUCACAUACAAGGGUAUCCAUCUAUUCGAAUCUUUCGUAAAGGAAGUGAUGUCAGAAGUGAACAUGGGCAUCAUGAGCAUGAGUCAUAUUAUGGAGAUCGUGAUACAGAAAGCCUAGUCAAGUUUAUGGAGGGUUUAGUUGCAUCUCUCCCAACAGAAUCUCAAAAGCUAGCUCUGGAGGAUAAAUCUAAUGCUACAGGGAAUACAAAAAGGCCAGCGCCAUCAGCAGGUGGAUGUAGAAUAGAGGGAUAUGUGCGUGUGAAAAAGGUUCCAGGAAAUUUGAUCAUCUCAGCUAGAUCAGACGCCCAUUCCUUUGAUGCUUCUCAGAUGAACAUGUCACAUGUCAUAAACUACUUGUCCUUUGGAAAGAAAGUGACAGCUAGGGUCAUGAGUGAUGUGAAGCUCUUGAUACCAUACAUUGGUAGCAGCCAUGACAGGCUCAAUGGCCGGUCAUUCAUCAAUACUCGUGAUUUAGGAGCAAAUGUUACAAUAGAGCAUUAUAUUCAGAUAGUUAAAACAGAGGUAAUGAAUAGAAAAGGCUAUAAAUUAAUUGAGGAGUACGAGUACACAGCGCACAGCAGUGUGGCACACAGUGUAGACAUUCCUGUUGCGAAGUUUCAUCUUGAGCUCUCCCCCAUGCAGGUCUUAAUAACAGAAAACCAGAAGUCUUUUUCACAUUUUAUUACAAAUGUCUGUGCCAUUAUUGGGGGAGUUUUCACGGUAGCUGGAAUUUUGGACGCGAUUCUGCACAACACUAUUAGAAUAAUGAAAAAAGUAGAGCUUGGCAAAAAUUUUUGAUAGAUAGAUGAAAAUUUUGUAUAGCGUAGGGCCUGAUUUUGUUAUGCCCAGUUUCACUUAACAGUUCUAUAGAUAUUAACUAUGCUAUACAUCAUACAAAUAUAAUUUUGUAGUUACUUCGGUAAAAUGUUCAUUACAAGGAUAAAGAUUAUGUGGCGCAUAAUGUAUCUGAUAUUUGUCUUAA